AUGGUUAGCAAUGGAUCACGCAGCCGAAGCUCAGAGAACAGACUUGAUGACCAUCACGCGUCACGUCCUUAACGAGCAGUCGAAGCACCCGGAGUCACGUGGUGAUUUCAGCAUCUUGCUCAAUCACAUCGUUCUGGGUUGCAAGUUCGUCUGCUCUGCCGUCAACAAGCUUUUUCAGGCAGGCCUGGCCAAACUCAUUGGACUUGCUGGAGAGAUCACCAAUGUUCAGGGUGAACAACAGAAAAAAUUGGAUGUGCUUUCAAAUCAAGUUUUUGUCAAGGCUUUAGUUAGCAGUGGGCGCACAUGCAUCCUUGUUUCUGAAGAAGAUGAAGAGGCUACAUUUGUGGAGCCAUCAAAGCGUGGAAGAUAUAUUGUUGUUUUUGACCCAUUGGAUGGAUCCUCAAACAUCGACUGCGGUGUUUCCAUAGGAACAAUUUUUGGGAUUUACGUGGUGAAAAACAAAGAUGACCCAACUCUUGAAGAUGUUCUACAACCUGGAAAAUAUAUGUUAGCAGCUGGUUAUUGCAUGUACGGAAGCUCUUGCACGCUUGUGCUUAGCACCGGAAGUGGUGUCAAUGGGUUUACUCUUGAUCCAUCUCUUGGGGAGUUCAUGUUAACUCACCCUGACAUCAAGAUUCCCAAGAAAGGAAAGAUUUAUUCGGUAAACGAAGGAAACGCCAAAAACUGGGAUGACGUAACUUCCAAGUAUGUGGAAAACUGCAAGUUCCCUAAAGAUGGUUCCUCACCAAAGUCCCUUAGAUACAUUGGAAGCAGCAUGGUUGCGGAUGUUCACCGGACAUUGCUUUACGGAGGUAUCUUCAUGUACCCUGCCGACAAGAAGACCCCGAACGGAAAACUACGCCUUCUCUAUGAAGUCUUUCCGAUGUCAUACUUGAUGGAGCAAGCAGGAGGUGAAGCUUUUACUGGAAAACAACGGGCACUUGACUUGGUACCAAAGAAGAUACAUGAAAGGUCUCCUGUAUUCCUUGGCAGCUCCGAUGAUGUCCAGGAAAUUAAAGCGCUUUACGCCGCCGCCGCUGCUGCUGCUGAAUAAAACAUCCCAUAUACAAUAUGUUCAACAAUUAUAUUUCGUGGCCUUAAAAUGUGUUUCUUAUAUUUGGGGGAUACAUUUUUCUGGUUGGAAACAUCUAUCAGGAAGUGAUUUUUAAAUUCAUGGAUACUGACCUAAUUGUGUCCAUUU